AUGGCGCAGGAAGACCUGAAGCUCGUGGCGUGCACCGUCGCGCUUUCCUCUCUCCUCGGCGUGAUCGCUGCCGUGGGAGCGCAACGCCUCAUCGGAGACCGACGGACCGUGCUCCUCUCCGCCGCCGUGCUCUGCGCCGGCGCGAUCGCCCGGGGCCUCGCCACCGGCUUCGCGGCGUUCAUGGCCGGCAUCUUCGUCAACGGCGUCGGGAUCGGCCUGGCGCUCACAGCCGUCCCAACCUGCGCCGCGGAGCUCAGCCCGUCCUCUGCGCGCCGCGUGCUCGCCGUGCACCACGACGGACUCGUGUACCUCGGCUGCAUCCUGGGGUCGGUCGUCUACUCCAUGGGGUUCUUUAGGAUUCCUGCGUACCUCGCGUGGCGGCUGACGGUUGCCAUCGGUACGGCCGCUCCGGCGUUGCUCAGCUCCGUCGUCCUCUUCAUGCCCGAGACGCCCCGUUGGCUCGUGUCCCGGGACCGGGAAAGCAACCUAUUGUCCAGAACAUCGGUGACGCUGGAAGUGGCCGAGCUCCGUCUGCUCGAGAUCAAAAUCGAGUGCGGCAAACCGCACGACGGCUCCGACGAGCCGCUGGCGGCGACCAAGCGAGGCCGGUGGUGGAGGGAGGAGCUUGGGGUGGUGAGAGAGCUCCUGGUGCACCCGACAGAGCCGCUUCGCCGAGCGGUACUCACCGCUCUUGUAGCCAAGGUCUUCCAGAAGGCGUCCGGCAUCGGAUCCAUUCUCCAGUACGUGCAGCAGCGCGUAUUCCGCGACGUCGGCGUCUCGUCCAGCCCGCUGGUGGUGGUGGUAUUCGGGUCCGUGUUCGUGAUGUUCUUCCCCAUGUCGCUCGUGCUCGUGGAGCUCGGCUGGCUGCUGGAGAGAGCGCUCGCCCGCGGCUGCCGCCUGAGCAGGCGCACGCAGACAAAUGCCGGCAGCGUGACCCGGCGUCAGGAGCAGAUGAAGUGGGUGAGGGGCCUGUCCGCGACAAUGCUGCUCUCGCUGAUGGCGCUGGUGUGGAUCGCGCUCGGUCCGGCGCCGUGUCUUUGA